CUCGUGAAAGUGUGUCCUCCAGCUGUUAGAGGGCGCUAGAGCUGUAGGUUCGUGUGAGCUCGGGGACACGCGGAAGCACGAGCACGCAGUGAAACGGCGAGAUGGUCGUGCAAAUAAAAGUUGAAUACUGUGGCGGAUGAGGGUACGAGCCCCGCUUUCAGGAGCUCAAGCAUGUCGUCACUGCUGAGUUCACUGAUGCGGACGUGAGUGGCUUCGUCGGCCGCCAAGGGAGCUUUGAGAUCGAGAUCAAUGGACAGCUGAUUUUCUCAAAGCUGGAAACCAGUGGCUUUCCUUAUGAGGAUGAUAUUAUGGAGGCCAUCCAAAGAGCCUACGAUGGCCAGCCGGUGGAGAAGAUCACCAAGAGCCAGCCUCCUUGUGUCAUCCUCUAAAGC